AUGCCGCCUCAAUUACUCCGCUGCCCGAUAUGCAGUCUAACCUCCCGCAUCCUCCAACCCGCGCCAACUCCAACAAGAAUUCGACGUGUCUCCUCCUCUCCCGCAUUGACAUCUAACGUCGCGGCGAAAGACAUCCUCGCCUCGCCAACCUGGUCCGUCGCCUCUCUCUUAAGCCCUCCUCCCUCCGAACAGCGACAACGGCAGCAAAUCCUUCAACAUGUCGGUGCCGAAAUCUCUCCCGACAAGCUCCACCACCUUCUUCGCCUCUCCGCUCUUCCUCGGCCUCCCACCCCGGCUGCUGAGUCGGCUCUCUUAGCAUCCCUGCACUCGCAUCUUCUUUUCGUACGCGCCGUCCAGGCCGUCGACACCACCGGCGUCGAACCCCUUCGCGCUCUACGAGACGAGACGGAUCGCGGUCGCCGCGAGGCUACCAUUGGGCUUACAGAGAUCCGGAGUGCCCUGGAAAGUGAAGUACGUCUUGGUCAUCGGAGACGCCCGAGACGCGUCCGAGACAAGGAUAUGCAUGGGAAUGAUCCGGAAGUAAGGGCUGCAGAGGACUGGCAGCCUCUGAAUACAGCCACCCGAACCGCAGGCAAAUAUUUCGUCGUACGCAGUGGAAAGGGCGAGAAAGCCUAA